AUGCCCGUCACACUCCGCCGGCGCCUGGAUUGUCACUACUGCGGACGAAGAUCGAAGUUGCCAGCGGGGACGAAGCCUGGUCGCAAGUUUCAGUGCGAACACUGUCUUGCCGUCAAUUUCUUUGACGAGAAUGGCGAAUUAGCAGAUGUACCCUUAGAAGAAGCCGCUCCUACUCAACGCUUCGCGCAUUCGGCCGCCACAAACCCUCUUCCCGACGACUUCUCCUCCAAGGACUCUGUGUUCUGUUCAACAUGUCUCAAGAACCAGCAGCUAUACACCUACAACCUAUCCCAAUUCCUCCCAGACCCUGAUCACCCCGAGUACGACAAACUGGAGGCGCAACUCCCAGAGUACAAGAAAGGACUCGAACAACGCUACCCACAAUGUUGUGCCAAGUGCGAACCCAGAGUCAGAGCGCAGUUGCACAAGGCGACCUACAAUGCCAGAAGCGACCAUCUUCGACGGGUUCUGGAAAAAUCACGACAAAGAAGGGUUGCCAGUCGAUGGGGCUGGAGAAGUCUUCUGCUCAACGCGGCUGGUUUGGGGUAUACCGUCAAUCUGGCUUUGCAAGUGCUCUGGCAUCUGUAUGGCUCUCAGAUGGCCGGGGGGUCGAUGGAACGAGAACUCAGACCAGUUGAGUGUUUCUCCCAGUGGCGCUAUGUGCCCGAAUGUUUCGAAAUGAUGGAGCCCCUUGUCGGACUUUCCAUGGUUCUUGGGCUGCUUUGCAUCUGGUGGAAUCCAAAGUGGCAGCACAAGUUGUCGAACAACGAAAGGCGCUUGUCAGGUCUGAAAGAAUACUACCUGGCACAGUUUCUCCUGCUGGGACUGAGAUUCAGUGCCUGGACAGUCUUGCUUCACGUCCCUCUGUCAUUACGCAUGAGGGCAAUGCUGCAUGCUUGUUUCGCGGUUGCUAUCACUGUGCUGGCAGGGUGGUCCGUCUUUGGGAUUACAACAGUCACAUCUGGCCCUCAGGUCAAUUGGCACGAUGACCCAGCCCCUUUGCUGUCAAGUAGUCAAUUCGUGCCCCCACCCUCGCUUGAACGACAAGACAUCCCUCGAGCACCGAAUCAGCCGUUCAAUAUUGAGAAUUUGGCAACACCCAGAAGACCAGAUUACCAGGCAUGGAAUCCUCCCACGCCCCCGCCCGACAACGCCGAAGCGAUGGACUGGACGCCAUCCCAGUCGACAUUCCAACCGGAGCUCAAGCAGAUCCGGUAUACUUCAAUCGGACCUACACCCUUCCACGGAACAAUACCGGCAUUGAAUGCGAAGGGAGUCCUCAAAAACCAAAACCAAGGGCGAACUGGUAGAGAGGCCAUAGGACUUCCGCCGGGAUUCUUCGACAAGUCACAGAAGUCAUUGCUGCCUGCCCGUCAAACCGGAACAGCUAGCGAGGCCAUAGCACAACCAAAAUUCUUUGGACACGAGCGACAAGUUGAUACAGGGUUGGAAAGCAUCUUUGACAGUGUUUUCUCUCUUCAGGAUUCGUCCUUACAACAACCCGAAUCUGGGUCCACCUCGGACGUGAAGUCUUCUGGAACUACACCCGCGAAAGAGCCCAGUCACCAUCGGCCAAAGGAGCGUGACGCUCUGCCGGCACUGAAGCUUUUCAGUUGCUUGUCGUUUCUCUCACUCGUAGUAGGCUUGGCUGCCUGGAUCUUCGAAGCUGCCGUCAGACCCAAUACUUCCCAACUCGGCUACUACACAGUCCUCUUCAGUGCGAGUGUACCGUUUAGUCGCCUCAUGACCAUUCCCUUCUCGCAUGGUAUCCCUGGUCAGACCGCAAAAAUACUUCUGUACACCUUCGAAGCAAGCAUGUUGAUCGGAGUUGCAAUGGUCCGGGACCAAUUUGGGGAGCUCUUUCGGAAUCUUUGGGACAAGCUUGCGAUUGCGGUCGUGGCUCUCUUGCUCCCUCAGGAGUUUCUGGCGGUGGCUCGCGACCAAUGGGUAUCUCAACCUCGCGUCCAAAUCGCCUCACAUGACUCUGUUCCGUUACGGUCGUUCCCUGAGCCACAAGUACAAGAACUCACCAGUCCACACCCCAACAAUGCCGCGGCACCAAUGCAUCAGCUCAAACGAACAAUAUCAAGCGAGACAAUCGAGAGCGCACAGUCCAUACCCACGACCACUGACACCGGGCCGUGGGAGACGCCGCGAGCCGACAACUAUCGAUUUGAAUACUUCGACUCAUCCAAGUCACCGUCGGCUGCAGCGAGCACGAGAUCUUCGGUAAGUCGAAAGCGUCAACCACAAAUCCGGAAUUCCCACAUAACGGACAUGGAGCAUCCACGGCCGGAAGAAGGCGGUGGGAUUUUAUGGAGGCGUGGAAGUGAUGGGGUUUCGCGGAACUUGAGCACAGGUGUUUCCAGCACAUUGAUGCGUAUGGACCUUGGAUCUACGUCUGGGUCAAGUAUCGCGGGGCCGAGAGGGAGACAGAGAUAUUGA